AUGGGUAUACAGCUUCUGGACAAAUAUCAACUGCAACCAUUGAGUUUAGACUCGGUACCGUGGCGUCGACAGCCGGGGCAGCAGGUAUUAUGGAUUGGCUGCUCGGACAGCGGGUGCGACGAACUGGAGAGCUCGGGAUUGCCUGCAGAUGAGAUCUUCGAGUACAGAAGCUUAGGAAACAUGAUGGUAGAUGAUCUAUCGUGCAAGGCGACCUUGGGUUAUGCUUUGGACUCGUUAAAGAUCCGGAAUAUCGUGAUAUGUGGACAUUACGGGUGUCACAUUGCAAGUGGCGAAGUGAACGCUGGCUUGCAGAAACCUUGGAGCAGUGUACUUGACACUCUACGUUCGACUCACCGUCGCACUCUCGACAGUCUGACAGGAACCGAACGCGACCGUGCGUUGGUGGAGUUGAAUGUCCUUGAGCAGGUGCACUCGUUACGGCAGUCGGCCGAGGCUGCCGAGGCUUUGCAAAAGCAGCAGCUCAAUAUCUGGGGCAUGGUCUACGACAAAGCGACGAAAAGAGGUUAUCAAUUAAUAGAAGCAUGA